GUUUGGUUGGUGGAAAACAUGGUUCACCAUUCAGGUUUUCUCUUCUGGAAGACGAUUGCAGUGUACUUGCUGAGGUGCUGAGAAUAGGAACAUGAUGAAGCUGACACAACACUUGGCUGGUUAACACCUAUUUGGAAGAAAAUUACAGACAACCUCCGGAUCAGAUCUCCUAAAUCAUUUUGUAACUCACCUGAAGGGACAUGGCCUUUUGGAUUAUUUUACCCAUCAGUCUCAGUGCCAUCUCAUUCAUUGGAUGCUGGACAGUGUAUGGACUUGCAUUAAGGUUCCACCACAUUUGCCCACUCACUAAUUGGGAAUACAGCAACUCGUGUCUGACAAAUGAAACUGAAAGUUGCUGCACAAAAUAUAACAUACCCACCAUAAGUGGAAGUGGAACCCACUUUCCAGAAAAUUCCCUGUUUAGUGCGACAGUCAAUGGGGCUUCAGUGUUAUUUGUGGUUUUCAGUAUUUUCCAUCAUGCGCAUAUCCUGAAGAAGUGCAAUGUGCACCUCCUGCUCAGUAAGUGUGCCAUGGUCUUCGGUUGUAUUGCUGGAGUUGGUGCCUUUGUGGCUGGAAACUGCAAUCCAGCAGAGCUGAUGUUUCUGCAUAACCUAGGUGCUGCUUUGAGCUUUGUGUGUAUCUGCUUCUACACAGUGCUGCUCACAUUUCUGACAAGCAGGUGCAUUCUAACUGGACUAGAGCGCUACCUCUACCCAAUGCGCAUCAUGCUCUCCAUCAUCCAGGUCACACUGACCAUCCUCUAUUGCAUCUUCUUUUCUCAAACGGAAAUCUAUUACAGGCACAUCUCUGCCAUUUUUGAAUGGACGGUCAGCAUGAACCUGGAACUCUUCGAACUCAGCUAUGCUGUGGAGUUUUAUUUCUUCUCUUCUGCAAUGCUUUCAGUAUUUCUCUCAAACAGGGAUGAAGAGGACAUUGUCAUUUUGUCCUGAUGCCUGAUAUUUCCUUUUGGCCCACACUUCAUUGAGGAUGUUAAGCAACAAAUCUGUUAUUUCUUAGGAGCUCAUGUUCAAAGUGGAAUGUUUUGAGAGAUUUUUCGAGAAACAAAUCUGUAAAUCUAUUUGUGACUCAGGCAAGGAAGCAUAUUUUUUGCACAAAUGUAAUCCUCAGCCUUGGUUGGAAUUUCAUAUCUGCAGUAUUCUGUAAAUCCAUCCAGAUAAUGGAUGGAUGGAUCGUAUUCUGUAAAUGUUAAAUAUACACAGGUGGUAUAUACAGGGUGUCCAUAAAGUCUCUUUACAAUUUAAAAAAAUUAUUACAAAGGCAGUUGUUGAGAUAUUGUAACUAGAUUUCAUCUCAUUUCAUUAUCUCUAGCCGCUUUAUCCUUCUACAGGGUCGCAGGCAAGCUGGAGCCUAUCCCAGCUGACUACGGGCGAAAGGCGGGGUACACC